ACUAUCUCUUUUCCACUGUCUACAAUGUAGCGUCUACCACGGUCUAGCGUGGCUGUGUGUGACCAGCUAGUCUGACUCAUAUCAUCCGACAAAGUCGGUCGAUUUCUUGUCGGAGUCGGUGUGGGAGAAUUGGCCGGAAAAUCGGCCUAGUGUGAACCAGGCAUUAGAUCAUGAAAAGUAGGGAGUCGUGAAACCGACCCUUUACAACUCCCUGGUGAGAAGCCAGGAAAAUACUACCCUCCAGUCCUAGAAAAUAUUUCGUAAUGGCGACCGCUGCUAAAGAAAUAGAGGAGGACCAAGCCAUGGCUGGUUUGAAGUGUGCUUCGUGUGAUCAGCCACCACGGGACGGUAGGCUGAUUCGAUGUCUGCACACGCUGUGUGCGCUGUGCGUUGAACCACAUAUCAAAGACGACAACACCAUUCAUUGUCCAAACUGUGCCGAAAUCACGCCCUCUCCAGGACAAGGACGAUCUCAAUUGCAAUCGCUACCCAGAGCUUAUUGCCCUAUCGAGAGCAGUGCUGGUGUGGAUGCAUCUGCCUCCUAUUCUACCAGAUCUGCACGUGUUGUGUGUGAGGAAUGUGAUGAGGAAGAAGCAGCUACGUUCAAAUGCCAUGACUGCUCCAUGCUCUACUGUACGGAUCAUGGCAAGGGUCACCUCAAGUCCAAAUCCACCAAAAGUCACAGAACUGAGCGUAUUUGUGAAGACGCAGCAACCAGCAGCAACAGAUCAGAGCAGACAUCUGAUUCUCAUACACCUAGGUGUCCUCUUCAUCCUACCUCAAGCUUGGAGUGGCAGUGUGUCCUAUGCAAAGAGUUCCUGUGUGAAAGAUGCCGGGUUACCAGCAAAAGGCACGUUUGCCACCUUAACCGAGUUCUGACAAUAGCGCAUGCUGCUCGGGAUGCACGCACAGCAUUACAGAAGAAAGCAUCGGAUCAAGCGUCAAAUGCUCUAACCAAGAUUGGCCAAGCCCACACAGCUGCAAAAGCUGCAAAUGAAACCAUCGAUAAUGCCCAUAAAGCCAUGUCAACUGAGAUUCAGGAGCAGUUUAGCAAGCUGGAAAAGGUGUUGGAAGAGCGCCGUGAUGAGUUGCUGCAAGCAGCUCAUCAGAAGUACUGGCAACAGUCCAGUGUUGUGGAACGUCACGUUGAGAAGUUGAGACGAAAGAAGGCGUGCCUCACACGCACUCAGGGUUUGUUGGAGGACAACGUGGCCGAUUCCGACUUUCUACGCCUUGAACCCUGGCUGCUGGAUGCAUUGUCUGAGUCAGAGACUGAUGUGCCCUUGGCCAUGUUAACUCCUACCACGCCAUGGAUCAGUGUUCACGGCUUUGACAAGCUCGCUCAGAGCCUACGUAAGGUGGGAGUCUUUGCAGAAGACACACACUACAGCUUCAGUCGUACACAGUAUCGUCACCGUGAUCUGGUGUUUUCAAAUGCUGACUGCACAUUGAAACGAGUGACAGGCGGUAUAUUUCAAAGUGCCUGCAUGUAUCCGUUCAUCGCCGAAGGAGCAGUUGCAACAACACGUGUGAGAGUAGGUGAUAUGGCUGAGUAUCUGUGGAUUGGUGUUUGUGACCCGUCACGGUUCGAGAAUGGGCAGGAAAGACAGGCAUAUGAGGUGUCAACUUGGGGAGACGACACGGCUGCGAUGCCUUUCAAAAAGGCUGAUACUGUCUGCUUGAUGGUGGACCGUCAGCGCAAAAUCCUGUCGCUGCACAAUGAAACAUCUGGCAAGAAGUGGACUGCAAAGUCUGAACUAUGCGAGACAGGAGUGUUGGCAUUCUACGUGAAAACACAAAACUCAGGUGUGGGUGUGACAAUUCUCCAACCAUGACUACUCAAUCCAGCUUGUCACUAUCAGUAAUCAGUUUAUAGCUGCCUCCACUUGGCUACCGCUCAUAUGCUGCAGCUGUGCUUCUAAACGUCUCUGUCCUUAUUAUGACUGUCC